AUGGGGCUGAACAUCACAUAUCUAUUUGCUAUAAUCAUACUAGUAAUAUCAGUAUUUUUAGCUCGUGCCUUAUUUGUAUUACCCUUUUAUCGAUUGAACUAUAACUGUACCGAUAACAAUGAUAUAACCAAUAAUAAUGUCUCUGAUGAGAUAACAAGGAAAAAAAUUGAACAAUUCACUAGUAAAAGACCAUUAAAUGCGUUUAUAUACUUAGGAUCUGGUGGACAUACAGGAGAAAUGUUAAGAAUCUUAUCAAAUUUUAAUGAAACUUUAUUAAAGAAAGGAAAUACUUUACAUGUGGGUUAUUCAGAUGAACAAUCUCAUGAAAAAUUUGAAAAUUUGAUUAAAUCAUCAUUUACCUCUUAUAAAGACAUUAAUGUUAAAUAUUAUAAAUUUAUUAAAGCAAGAGAAGUAAAUGCAGGUUAUUUGAAAAGUUUAGAAAGUAUAAUAAGGACUUUAUUAAGUUCUUUUAUUAACAUUAUUGAAAUUAAAUUUGAAAUGAUGGGUAAACCUCAUUUAGUAUUAUUAAAUGGUCCCGGUACUUGUUGUAUUAUAGCAUUAUGGUUUAAAGUGUUGGAUAUAUUACUAUUAUUCACCUCAUCUCAUAUUAUCUAUAUAGAAUCCCUAGCCCGUAUCAAUAGCUUAAGUAUGACAGGCAAGAUUCUUUAUUUAUUAGCAGACUUAUUUGUUGUACAAUGGGAAGAAUUGAUACGAGUUGCACCUAGAGCUAAACAUUUUGGUAUCCUUGUAUAA